GCGUUUUCAAGCUUUUAAAGUUCUCAAACUUUGGUUUUAAAACUCGAUUUCAAGGAAACUCCAUGGAUAGUGACCAAGAAAGAAAGAAGCUUUCUGCAAGACAUGCUGCACGUGGUUUUGCUAUCAUCAACAAGAGGAUUCCAGCCUCUGCUUGGACCAGUCAUGCCAAUUUCGUGAGAGAAGAUAGACCAGAACAUGAAGGAGGCGAAAUGGCGCUGAGUCAGACAGGUUAUGAGCCUACUCGACGUCACGUCGAGACUGCACAUCGAGAUGGCUCCUCGAGUUCAAGAAAUGAUGAUGCUGAACGUGUGGCCAGAAGGAGAAGAGAGAUAAGCCGCGGGAAGAGGGUUGUUGAAGCAGAUUCUGAACCUGCACAAGAAGAGGCUGUUGAAAUGGAGGAAGAAGAAGCUGUUGAAAUGGAGGAAGAGAUCAAACCUGCUAAGCCAGCCAAAAGGGAUAAGAAGAAGAGGAAGCCUCCUACUCCCGAGGAGUACUAUAGCUAUCUCAAGACACUGGAGUUCGAAGGCACAAGACAUCCUCAUCGGGAAACGAUGGCUGCUUUGGGAAUCGCUGAAGAUAUCGACUACCUUGCUGAGAUGUGCGGUUUAAAGACCUUCCUGGGGUAUAGUUUCGAGGGGUAUCAAGAGGAGACCUGCCAGCUCCUAGCUACUCUCGACGUACACUUCUACGCGGAUGAACAAGAAGAAGAGAAUGAGAGAGGUUUUGGAUACAUCACGUUCUCUGUCAAGGGAAGAGACUACUCACUAACGAUCAGGGAGCUUAAUCUCUUGUAUGGAUUCCCGAGCAAAGAGGGAUUGGUUCAAGAUUUCGAUAAGCGCGAACUCCAAGCCUUCUGGAAGACAAUCGCCGGACCAGGAGAUUACAAGCCUUCGAAAAGCAAGAGCUCCUCUAUUAGAAGCCCAGUGGUGAGGUAUCUACACCAGUCCAUUGCUAGCAUGUUCUUUGCAAAGAAGAUCACCGGUACCAUAAGUGAAGGUGAACUGCAGCUUCUGGACUCAGCUCUCCUAUUCACCUUAAGAAACACUAGUGAUGGAGCAGAAAUGGUGGGAGAUAGAGGAAAUGCUCCUCUAAUAGCUGUGUUCUUGGAUCAUUUAUUGGGAUACAAGGAGUAUGCUGCAAACAUGCAUAGGUCAGGGCGCAAAGGAAGCUUGACCAUUGGCGGAAUUCUGACACCAAUUCUAGUAGCUGCGAAUAUAGACGUGGGAACAGGAGACUCUUCCCCAACUUGGAUCGAUAUGGCGUACUUAAGGAAGAAGGGCUAUCUUGAUAAAACAGCUCCUGAAGGCGUGUUGCUCUAUGUGUUCAACCACCCUGAAGAAGGAACUUCUAGGCUGCUUCUACCAUGCACGAAUCAUACCACGAUUAGAGCUGGUGAGAACAUCGACUUCUGCCCACCAUCCUUCAUCCUCUACGAUUCACAAGUCGCCCCUGCCUCUCCACCGCCUCAAGCAAUGCACGAGGACGACCAGGAGCAAACCCAAGACGCUCCUGAUGAUUAUGCACCAGAGCGGUUCUUCUUCGAGGAAUACAAAGCUCCUAGGCAGACCAAAGGCGAGAGAGAAGCUCACAAGCGCAUAGGACUCCUGCAAGGAUUGGGAAAGUUUCAAGGGAAGGCGAUGCGAGGAUUGUCCAAGAAGGUAGAUUCAUUGACCACCAUGGUUAAGAAGAUGGCGCUUCAGAUCACAGACCUCCAGAAGAAGUCCAAGCAUUCUCCAUCAUCAUCAGAAGAGAGAGGUACUUUGAGAAGAAGCGGUUCCUCAAGCAUGGCUCCACGACACGCGGUAAGGGCUGAUCCUCCAAGAUAUUCAUCCUUUGAACCACGCCAGAGGGAAAGCCAAGAAGAGUCUACACCACUCCCGAAACGUUCGCAAAGCCAUCGCAGGAAGCGGAAGGUUCAAAAGCCAAGUCCAGAGGCAGACUCGACCAUGGAGCUCGAUGACACGUCGAGACAGCACGUCGAGCCUGCUCCAGAGCCAACUAAUCCUCCCUACAUGCAGCACAACACCAACGUCGAGCAGCCUCCUCCAGAGUCAAGCACAGCUCCUUCUUACACGCAGGAGAGCAUGGAUGAGUUCCUCGACACCUACUUCGGAUAAAACCAAAGUACCACUCAUCCCCCUA